AUAACAACAAUAACGUCGACGGUGCUAUUCCGUCAAUUUCGUUACGGAUUACGAGUGUCGGCGGCGUUCUGUGGUUUCACAUUUCGAUUGUUAUUUCGUUACCGUUUACGCGUUCACUCCGAUGUCUUUGUAAACGUUAUACGUGGACGGAGAGGUGGACGACCGGGUCCGUUUUGUAAGACCGCGUCGCGUGCACUACACGUCCGUCUGGUGUGGUUCGCGAGGAGACGAAAAUAUAGCGACGACCGUGGGUUUUGUCCGAUGGGAUAAGCCCUUGACGAGCACGACGUAUCCAUCGUACUGUUCGCGACCUCUCGUUGGUAUCUGUCAUGUGUGACAACGCUAUCGACCCCAUAUCUACUCGAAAACAAUUUCAAACUAGUUAUUUCAGCUGUUCCACUUGAAAGUUGAUAUAGACAAAGUCGAUGAUGAUUAAUAUUGGAUGAAUUCAAAGCUUUUUUAAUUCCAGGUGUUCUAAUAUAUAGACUACUAUAGCUACUUUGAAUUGGUAUUUACCGUCACAACAAUGGAUUCUGGACGGCCUCAGCAACCUGAUAAAAAGCAGCUAUUGCAACAACAGCAACUUUUGUUGCAAAAACAAUUACAACAGCAACAGCAACACCAGCAGUUAUUAAAACAACAGCAGCAACAACAGCUAAAUCUCCAACAGCAGCAAUUUAAACAACAACAGCAACAGCAACAAUUGAAACCACAACAGCAGCUCUUACAAACACAAACGAAUUCUCAGCCACAACAGCAGUUAUUACAAACACAACCACAGUAUUUGCAGCAGCAGUUAUCACAAAAUCAACAACAACUAUUGUUACGGAAUCAUGAUUUUCUGAAACAACGGGGUAUGCAGCAAGGUAAUUCUAACCAGCAACAGCUUCUUGAACAUCAGAAAAAUCAAGAUCAAACCAUUAUAGAUCUCAUACAACUUCAUGAUAACAAUGAAUACGAAGACAAAAAUCAAGAAGAUCGUCUUACUGUACAGCGUCAACAAGUUAUCCAACAACAGCAACAGUCUAGUAUACAACGACAACAGCAGUUGCAGCAACUACAAACACAAUUAGCGCAACAGUCUCAACUUAAUCACCAACCACAACAUCAACAGCAACCGCAAAUAUUACAACAAUCGCAGCAUCUACAAAAUGUCUCGCAACUACAAAAUUCGCAACAACAGAGUGUGCAACAACCACAAACUGUAAGACAAACGCAGGUUGUACAAAAAUCUAAUUCAUUGCAACAACCGCAGAUUAUACAGCAGCAGAAUAAUCAGUAUUCUCCAGUAUCUACACAACCGUCUAAAAAACAGCCCCCUCCUCAUACUCAACAGUUACUUCAACAACAGUUACAACAGUUACUAUUGAAGAAUAAAAAUUAUCCACAACGUAUUGUCGUUUUGGGCAAUCAACAGCAACAACAGCAGUUGUCACCACAGCAAUCACAGCGCAUAGUGACUAACAACGGCACCAGCCAGCAAUCACAACAGAUGCAAUGUGUUGUGGUAACAAACACUGGCCAACAACCUCAACAGAUGCAACGUGUGGUUGUUACAGGAACAGGUCAACAACAACAGCAACAGCAAAUUCAACGUAUUGUGAUGGGAAGCAAUGGUCAACAACAGCCACAACCAGUGCAACGUGUUGUUCCCACCACUGUACAGCAUCAACAGAUGCAGCGUGUUGUUGUUACGAGCACCGGUCAGCAAAUACAACAACAACAAUUACAGCACGUUGUCAUUCCAAACACUAGUCAACAACAGUCACACCAGGUUCAAAACACGGUUAACCAAACAUCUAUCCAACAACAGGUUCAACGUGUCGUUACUUCUACUUCAGGUCAACAACAACAGCAGCUUGCGCAACAAAAUCAAUCAGUAUCACAACGUAUUGUCAUUGGUCAACUUAAAACAUCGCAGCAGACACAACAAAUGCAAUCGCCGUCACAAAAUGGAGUAGUUCUUAAUCAACAGGUAAUGCAACGGCAGCAGCAGCAACGUGUCGUCAUUGCAGGCCAACAACAAAUUUUAAAAUUAACUAACCAGCAACAGUCACAACAGCAAAUCACACUACAAAAACAGUUGACACAUAAAUUACUGCAACCCACUCAACAACAGCAACAGCAAGAUGUAAUUAAAACCCAACUCCAACAACUAGAAGUAGUUACGAACCAAAAUCAACAACAAGAUGUAAUAAAAAAACAACAUCAACAAAAAGAAUUAGUAAAAAAACAACAGCAUCAACAAGAUGUAGUGAAAAAACAACAGCAACAAGAUUCAGUAAAACAACAACAGCAACAUCAAGACAUAGUAAUAAAACAACUGCAACAAGUGCCAAAUCAACAAUUAUCAAAAAGUGCUCCUAUGCCUCUAACGCAGCAACAGAAAAAUAACUUAAACUUGUCUAAUGAAAAUUUGGCAAAAGAACUACAUAUAAAACAAUCCCAUCAACAAUUGCAACAAUUACACAUACAGCCAUCCCAAAAACAUUCGCAGGAACAAAUAAACAGGCAACUACAACAGCAAAAACUUAAACAGAAAAAAGAAAUAGAUCAUUUACAACAUCAAUUGAAACAACCUCAACGUAGUGGUGUAAUAGUAGGACAGCUGCAAACACCAGAAAAACCAGAACCGGAAAAGUUAAAAAAGCAACUUGAAAUACAGAAACAACAGCGACAAAAACUACAAGAACGACUUUUACUACAACAACGGCAGCAGCAACAAAAAAAACUCAAAGAACAACAACUGCAACAGAAACAACAACAACAGCUCCGUGAACAAGUUUUACUACAGCAACAUCUUAAACAACAGCAACAGCAACAAUUACAACAAAAAUUACUACUUAGACAACAGGCAUCUUCAGAAAACCGUUUAUCAUUAGUUGUGAACAGAAACCAAGAGAAGAAAUUACAAGAUGAAGAAAAAAUUAUCGACCGUCAUGAAAAGUCACCAGAACCAGAAUCUUUGAAGUGUAUAGAAAAAUCAACGGCUUCUGAAAAACAGCUUCAAAUUGGUAUUAAACGAAAGCAUAAUGAAAAUGUACCAAUUAGCGAAAAAGAGUUAUUAUUAUUGUCAUCGUCGGAUGAGGAUGACGACGACGACACCAUUCGUAAACAACGAAAUUUAUUACGUGAAGCUGAACGUCUAGUUCAGGAACGAUACGAUGCAUUGACCGUUGUUUUAGGAUCCCAGUACCAGGCGCAGUAUGAUGAAAUUUUAAGAAAUUGGCUUGCAAAUAGGUUAUCUCGUGAAGAAUUUGACCAUGAGAUUCGCAAGGUGAUGUAUGUUUCGUGGGUGACUAUGAUAAAAAAGGGCGAUGUUGAUAACAAAAACAAAAAUUCAUCAGUUAAAACCAAUAAUACUUCGAUUUCAAAAAAAACGGCUAAAAAAGGUACGGUAACCACCACGACGAAGGUGAAAGAAGACAUUGCCUCCUUAUCAAAUACAACGGGACAAAAAUCGUUAACGUUAAAAAAAGCAGCAGAAGGAAACAAAGAAAUAGAUAUUAAUAUUGAAAACAAGGAGGCUAAAGCUAUUUUAGCAGAACGAGUGCCAUUGCAUAAUGCAUUAGUCACCAGUUUAAUAAUGUGGUUACCACUUAAUUGUCAGUGGUUAGAGCAGCGUAAGGCGCGUGCCCAAGGUCUUUCCGAGAUCGGGUACCCAUUACGAUUGUAUACUUAUGCAGAUGUGCCACAAGUGCGAGGCUCCAGUGACCACUGGUACCCCGAUCUACCUGGCAGCUUGACCCGCUGGUAUUGGCCAAAUCAUUUGCCAUGCAAGUCUUCAUUAGUGGAAAACAAUGAAAAAUCGUUUCAAGAACAGCAGAAAAAGGAAGCUGCAGAUGCCUUAAGUACAGCGGUUUUAUUGAAGCCGCCAUCGAGCAUGUUGCUUCCAUUGCUGAUGGAGGUAGCUGAAAACACAGAAAUAGUGCGAAGAGCAAGACAAAUACAGUACCAGAAGUGGUGUCCAAAGAAACAAAACGUAAAAGUUAUGAAAAGAUUACAAUGGCAACGGUUACAAGAACAAAAACGGUUAGCUACUAUGGUUCGAUUACGGGACGGGUGUUCAAAACUGUUACAUGAACUCAAAAUACGUCUUCGAUAUCUUACCAAACAAGAAAGCAGACUUAUAGAACGGUUGCGUCGGCUCCAGAUACGUAUGUCACAACGACGGCGUCAAGUGUUGGCACAAUUCAAAAUUAGAGAGCAGGACUUAAAAUAUCGGAUACAGAAGUUUUUUGGUAAGUCAUGCUUAGAACAACCACAUAAUGAUUCACAAGAGUAUCUAUAUUCAGAUGAUUCAACUUAUGAAGAUAACGAGACGGAUGACGAGUCUCAACAUAAUAUUCUCAAACAGCAAUGGAAAGAAGAACAUCUAUUGGAAACAAAUCGUGGAAAAAAUAAGCAGUUGAAAAUUACGAUUGCUGACCAUCAAUCUAGAUCAAAUGUUCAAAUUAAACGCCCGCAACCAACGGCUUUAACGAUACGGUUGUUGCGUGACCGACAACGAUUCUUGGCAACCACUCGGUUGCUACAGGUAACAAAGCAAGAGCGCUUACAAGUAAGUAAUAAUGCUGAUUAUGUCCGAGAGGUCAGAAAUAAAAAUUGUCCAUGCGGAGAGUUAGAUGACAAACCAUGUCAAUACCGGAGGCAGAUUCGUCAAUUACGAAAAAAGUUGAAAGUUCGCGAAGGUGUAGCCAAAAAAGAAAUAGAUAUAGAGCUAGUAAAAAAAGCAUCUGAAAAAGAAAAUGUAGAUUCCAAAGGAUUUAAAAAAACAAAAUCUAUAGAAAUCGAAAAGAAGAAGGCAGAGACUCAAAAGAAAAAAGUUGUGUUAAAAUCAACCAAGAAAAUAAAAUCAGCAGUGACCAAGGAACAUUUUAACGUAGAAGCAGAGCAAAAAAAAAGUAUAACUGCCAAAGGCAUAACUAUAGAUAAUAAAUCCACAAAAACCAAUGCUUCUAAUAAUAGAAUUUCAAACAAAACUGCAUCCUUAGUUACAUUCAACACGAAAAAUGUAGAGACUAAUGAACAACAAAAGUUAGGUAAUCCAGACCAAUUAAACAAAGGGAAACAUAAUAUAGAAAUCAAUUGUGAAACAUUUGAAACACGAACUAAACUUGAUAGUUUGGGAAAUACUAGAAAUUGGAUCAGACCUCCGCUUUCAAAAGAUAAAAGAAGUGUGGUGAAUGUAGCUGAUGCUGCUGCUCGUGCGGCUCAAGCAGCAUUAGCUGCAUCAAAAAAAACUCAGCUCCGAAAAACUAGAGCGGCAGCAGCUGCCGCUGCUGCUGCUGCCGCCACUACCACCAUUGCAGCUACUGUGACUUCUGGUGUAAAUGACAACGAUCGGCGAGCAAGUGAACUUAUGCCGCCACCACCACCGCCGCCACCACCAAAAACUGCUUCUACCCCAAGAAAUCCUACAAUUGGGGCUCGAUACUUGCAGCAACAGAAGUUUUUGUUGGAUCGACACAGACAGCUGGAACGCAUUCGACGUGACGAAGAAGAACGACGGCAACGAGCCCAAGAUGAACACCAGCAACAAAAACAGGAAUGUUCUGAUAAGGAAGAAAAAGCGACAAGCAUAAAAAUAGACGACGUCUGCUCACCAUCUUCCCAACGAAUGGGAUCUAAGCGACAAGUCCCAGUUAAGACCAUACGUCAGGAUAUCAGUCAAGAAACUACUAACGAAGAUCAGGAAGAAUUUGGCCAUCCAAAUUCUAGAAAAUCUAAAAAUGAUGAAGAAAGAUUGAACGAUUAUUACUUUUAUUAUGGUGGUGAUGAUUAUUAUUCGUCGGACGAAGAAUCUUCUGGAUCGUCGUUUACGGAACCUCCAUUUCCUCCACUUUUGCAUGACCUUCGGAUAGACCAGUUACCACGGCCUACUAAUCGGAUGCCAGCUGCGGCCGUUCUUCCUCAUGGCGUUCGAACUAGGUUGCAGCCAAAUCCACUAUCAAAUUCAAAAAAUCAAGACGUAGAAUCAUCUUCUUACCGUAAAUCUCAAUUUGAGCUACAGGAACACAAACUUUCACAGACUGAACAUGGACGAAAUAUAAAUGAACCUAUUAAAAAAAAAUCUGUUGAUCAUGGUAUGGAAUUUAGUAUGAAUUCAAAUCCUUUAAAUUCGCACACAAUGACUGAUAAAUACAAGAUUACUGAAUCAGCCGAUUCUCCGUUUUAUAAAAAGCUACACAUAGCAAAUAAAAACAAAAUUAAUAAAGAAACAACGUCUGCACUUGUAGAGCAGCGGGAACAGCAUCUGAAUCAACAAGGAAGAGUGAACUAUACUAAAAUAUCACCAGCACAACGAAAUCAUCGUCAGAAUAUAAACAAAUUAUCGGGAACUAAAAAAACAUUUGAACAAGUUCGACUAGAACGAAAAGAAAAUCCAGAACCGAUAAUAAAGACGAACCAGUUGUCUGAUUGGUCAAAAAGAAAUUUAAAACAAGUGACAAAAACAAAUUCGUGUAUAAAAGAACAAAUAAAACACUAUUCUUGUCAACCACAGCAACGGAAAUCUAUAAACAAAAUAAAUCAAGCACCAAUCACAAGAGUGGACGUUGAAGAAUUGCGAUCGGUGCAGUGGAAGGCGCCGCUGACACAAUGGAAUAAACGACCUAUUGCAUACGAAGCGGCUAUUAAACAAAGGUAUCCAAUUCAAAGCAAUGAAAAAGACUUGCAGCAUUCAAUGCUUGAAAAAGUAGUUACAUGCUCAUCGGAUAAAUUUGAAGUUUCAAAUCACCAACUAAAUGAUGACCAGCAAGAGAAAUUGCGUUCUGAAAUUGAGCGACAGAAACGUGAGCGUAUCAAAAUGCAAGACAUGGUAUUUGAAUACCAAAAACUUGUAGACACUUUACCUCCAAAUGAACAAUUACAACAUAUGGUUCGAUUAAAACAGCAUCUUCGGCCUUCGGGAAAUACAUUUGAAAAGACUGCUGUUAAGUGUAAUUCAUCAGUAGAUCAGCAGCAAUUGAUCGUAGCAUCAGUUAACAAUUCUUGUAUUUCAUUAGACGAUUCACCUGUCGCCAUACAUUUAUCUGACGACGGUCAAGAAACAACGGUCUUGAAACGAAUAGGUAAUCUAUUGUUAAAAAUCAAGCAUCAGCAAGAAGAAAUGUACCGAAAAGUUGAUAUUUAUGACGAAAUUAAGACAUCUAGUCCAGAAGUUGUAUCUGAUAAAGUAAAUGUUAAUACAUCGGUACAAAAUGAUCUAAAAAAUAUGCGUGACUUGUGGCCCGCAUACGAAGACAAGCCAAAUCAUGAAGAAUUAAUGGAUGAUGAACAAAGGUUACGACAGACCCAAGAACUGAUCGAUCGUUACUAUUCCAGUGAUAGUGACAAAAAAUUAGCUCGUUCUUUGGAUCAACAAAAACGAAGGCUUGGAAAGUAUGGGCGAGAGAGACUUGAACGAGAGUUACCCGAGUAUCAGCAACUCCGAAUAAAACAAAUAAUGCAAUCGGAAACUUCAGCAGGACCAAAUCUCACAGAACAAAAAAGACAAAAGACACAGUUUACUCAACAGAAUUCGCCAGAACGACAAAAUUGUCUAGAACAAUAUAAACGACUUGGACGAAUUGAGCAAUUGGAACAACAAAAACACCUUUUGGUACAUAAACAACCACUGAACGAACAAAAAAUUCAAAACAAGCAGCAUCAAGACUCUGAUAAUAAGCGUACAUUUAUUCAACGGCAGCAAUCUCGGCACUGCUGGAAAGUAAGUAAAUUUCGAGUAUCAUCAACGCUAUGUUAUAACGAGCAACUCCCACUGCGCGAACAAUUGCUGCAUAGAAUCAUGAAAAAGAAAAACAUGCGGAUAAUUAAAAUACAUCAGCCACAGCAAAAGUGUCCUAAAUCCACGAGAAUACCUGAAACUGUGACUAAACCAAAGAUAAUAAUGCCCGAAGAUACAUCUAAUCUAAAUACAACGAGAGAAAUGAACAGAGGGUCACAUCAUUGGUGGAUAAACAUGGGGUUAGAAAGGAAAAUAUCGCCGUUAGUCACAGGUAGUGAGAACGAAGACGAUCUAGAACUAACGCCAUUAGCGAUGAUGCCAAUCGGAAAUCUACCGCAGGUGACUAGACCACAAACAGCUACAAAGGUAGCAUCAGUUAUAUACAUACACCAGAAACGAAAUACAAUAUUUACUAAUAAAACGAAGCUAAAAAGGUGGUUGACACCACGUCUAUUAAAAAUGAUGACAAAUGCCGAAGAAAGGUGGUUGGAACAGUUGCAAAUGAAGAUAACACAGCUUGACGAUGAAGUAGAUAUACAUUGGAAGGCUAUGAUGACUAAGCAGGAACAACAAGUGAAAUUGCUGCUGAAUUAUGACAAACAUCUGCAAUUUGAAAAAGAAAAGUUGCGUCUAGAACGUGAAAAACGGAUUCAGCAGCUAAAGAAACGAACACCCUUUCAAGCGUUGCCGGUACAUCAUCAGCAAGCACAUACGUCACGGGCGAUUGGAAAUAUGCGACAACAACAAUCAGAAAUACCAAUAAUUGUUAUCGAUGAUGAUGAUGAUGAGCCAUCGAAUGAUGUGAUAUUUGAUGGUCCAAAACGGGACUCACGCCCACAUCCAGUGUUUAUUAAUGAUGAUCUAUUAAAACACGAGUUAGAAACGAAAAUAUUUUAUGAAGAUCAGCACAAGAGUAUCAGUAAUCGAUGGAAGCAGUUAGAAGUCGUACGUAAAGCACACCAACAGCAAUGGAAAGUGAAGUUAAAAACUUUAUUUUCGUAUAAGGCAACAAAUAGACAAUUUUGUCGAGAACUUAAUGAACGUUUAAUUAGAAAUAUAAAGAAUCCAAAUUUAAUUAUUGCGUUAGAACAGCUCAACGGGGGAACGUUGAAACAUGCGGAACAACAACAAACGCGACUGUCCGGAUCACGUUCAAUGCAAGUACAACCAAGAAUAUUACACCGGCAACAAGUUUCAUCUCAAAAGCAAACUAUAAAAAACCACUCGGAGAAAACAACAACACAACAUAAAACUUCAAAAAAUAUGAUUAAUCAAGAGCGGUCAACGCUUAAACAAGCUUUACAACGUCGCCAUUUAAACAAACAAGGAGAACAAAAAUUUAAAAAGCAGCUACUACAAAAUCUGAACUAUCCUAAAAAAAACCAACCGAAAAAAUCCAAUAAAAAUCAAGAAUCAGUCAAUAUUCGACAACUACGUAAUAAACGAACCUUAAUCGUAGAUCAAUCACCACAUAAACAAACAAAUCAAUCAAAUAACCAAAACCAAAAUAAACUCCAAAUACAAAAAGGAUCCCUAGCAAAACAAGAAAAACAAAUACCACGGAGGCGAUUCCAAAAUAAUCAAAAGCUUACAAAUGUCAAAACACCCGCUGUGAGUUCAAGACACAUUUUCUUAUUACGAAACAGAAUACUCAAUGUGCAUUCGAAUCGUAAUAAGCGAUUACGGAAGCAAAAUCAGCGAUUGGUGCCUAAGAAAGAUGUUAGUCUUGACACCACAGAGAACCAAGUACAGCGAUAUGAAAGACGAAAUAAAUCUACGAAGUUGAUUCUUAGGACAAUGGCUUAUUCGCUACAUAAUCAAUGGUCUGCAUUGCAACGUCAACUAGAUAGAUUAAACGAAAAUGAUUUGGAUACAAAAGAUAAACAAUUAAAACCAUCAGUUUUAAAUUCAUUGACAAUGUGUAUUCAUCAAUCUAAGACAGCUUCACUGAUAUUGUCACCAGAAACAUCAACUAUAACACCUCACUUUAUGGCUCCUACCAUUACGUUAAGCCCACAGCGACCAUUAAGUUCUUUAGAACAAUGUUCGGCGUCUUCGAUAGAAUUAUUACCACAACUACCGAUGAUGUCAUUGAGUCAAUUAGCUCCGACAACAUCAUCAGAAUUCCAACUAUAUCAACAAAAAAAACUGAUAGAAGGAAAACGAGAGGUUAUGUCGCAACGGCUCUACCAUGUACACACUAAACUAACACCUUUGAUGGCAAUGUGGCAGCUUUCACUUCAAAUGCCUAAACGCUGGUUAUGGCAACAAUUAGAUGACAUUGAACAGUUACGGCAAAAAGAAUUUUCAGUUAAAUCCAUUCUAGACUUGAAAUGUUCGACUGAACAAGAACAAAAACAACAAAUACUUCAAAAUAAUGAAGAUUCAGUAGUGAUGGCUUCAUCAACCGCUAUGACCCAGUAUUCAUUGCAACAGUUGCAACGAAUCCGUGAUCAUCUAAAUUGGCGACAACAACGAUUGCGUGAUUUAAUUGAAGACUUACUAACAGUGAUUUGCCCAGAAGAACAUCCGAUGUUGUCUGAGUUAAUCCAGCAACCUUCAGCGUCUUCUGUCUUGAUCAAAUUACAACAACAUCCGUCGAUGACUGAACAGAUAAAUUCAACUUAUUCAGCGUCAAUAAAUAUUAAAUGCCCUUCGUCGUUAAGACGAAUACAACAAAACGAUUCUACCUAUCCAUUGGUACUUAAACUAAAACAACCGCCGACGGAAAAUCAGUCGUCAUUAAUGUAUUCAACAUUAAUUAAACUUUCGAUACCAAAUUUUGCUUUGUUUUCAAAAAAUCUAACACGUGGUACCACGACUAGUACUAAUGACUAUAAGCAGUAUCCUGAUAACCAAAUACAAGAAAAAAGACGACUAAGUAGUGGAAAUGAAACUGACAAUUGUUAUAAAAGGCUUAAAUCGUUGACUAAAGAAAAGCCAAAGUCACCUAUUAACGUAAUUAAUUAUAAAUCAACUACCCCUUAUUCACCUUCUAACAACACGGUCAUUGACCAAAAUGUUCCCAUCAUUGAAAUUUUGGAUUCUGAUGAAGACGUGGAAAUAUUAGAUUCUGAUUCUAGUACCGAGUCAUCGAACGAAGCUAGCUUUGGUGUGCAAGUUUCAGAAAAAUCACCAUUAACCAUUAAAAUAAUAAAAAAAAAACCACUUUCGUCUUUACAUCCGGCGAUUAAAGAUUUUAAAGAUAAACCAAAAAUAGAUAACAUGAAUUCUGUUAUAAAAUUUAAAGAAAACAAAAUCAAUGUUGAUUUAGAUAAAUAUAUAGAGAAAACAAAGAAUGAAUAUUUGAAAUUAGAGAAAGCAAUACAAAUAGAAGUCAAAGAGAAAGAUUCCAAAAAGUUAAUAACAACUAAUAACAAUGAUAAUAAAAAACUUAUUAGUGAACGCGAAGAAAACAAUAAAAAUUUAAUGGAAGAAAAAACAAUACAACAGUCCAUUGUCAGCAGACCAACACGAAUAGCUGUUCUUGUCAACAGACCAAACGAGACAAUGGCAGCCAUUAACGAACCAACUGUUCCUGUUAGCAGCAAUCAAAUAUUGAAGGUAGCUGUAGUUGAAUCCACAUCAUCAAUCAUUUCAAACAUCGGCAGCAGAAGUAUAAAAGUAGUGCCUGAAGGAAGAAAAAUAAUUAAAAUGGAGAGUGAUAUUCAGAACCCAAUAUAUGUAGAUAGUGUAGAUAGAACAAUAUCAGUCAUUAGUAAAUUAACGGAAGCAGCAGUGGGUGUCAUUAGGAAAACCCCCAUAAUAGACCAGAACCAUCAAUCUGCAAUUGCAAGCUGUACACCAUCGCCGAUUACAACGCCUUUUAGAAAAUCAGAUAUUAUUACAAUGACAAAGUCGAUGGAAAAACCCCAGAGUAAUAGCAAUAGUACCAAAAAUAUGGAAAAAAGUAAAGUUGUUACGACAAACCGCCGUCAUCAAAUUGGCAUGCUUACGCGUUCAAAGACUGUGCGACGACAUCGGCGCUUAAAUCGUACUAUAUCGUUGGAAACUCGUGGACCAGCGGUUCCUACGUUCCGUGACCAUGGAUUUGCUCAAGGUACUAUUGAACGAGUAGUACAUGGGCGGUUUGUGACCACCAUAAUGACUAUGUCGGCUGCACACACUAUUGCGUCAUAUUUACCUCCACGACUUCCACGGAUACCAUUUGAUUAUGCUUCAAUGAAUCAAUAUAACGUCGAUGAAGUUCUUGCGGCAAUAGAUAAUAACGGCAAUGUACACAACACAAGUGAUAAUCAAAAUAUAAAAUUAGUCAACUCACCGAUAACACUAUCCACGUUCAUGGGUAAGUUAGAGAAAGCUGUGGAGACUUCUUCAAACUUUGCAUGUGGUAACAGACAUCUUUGGAAUGGUUGCGCACGGACAAAUGGUUCUGCUUUGAUGACUUUAACCAAGGUUGUCAAAGAAGCCAUAUCACGAAAUAAUGCACUCCGAUCACGUGCUACUUCUUCGUCUCAUGUGACCACGGAAGUGAAAACACCGACUAUCAUUCCAGCAAGACCGUCGAGAUCGAUAAAAAAGAAGCCCAUACCUGUCGUUACAAAAUCGACAAAAAGGUCCAUAUCAGCCACGGUACCCAUUUUGCCGACUUUCACGUCAACGUCGUUAUCAUUGGAAACUAUAGCCACAUGUAUCGACUCUACUCCACCGUCCAAAAAUGUGGCAGAGUUGUCAUCAUUUUCCCAAUCAGUUGGGCUUCACAACAGAUCUAAGUCAGCUAUAGUGUUAGCUAAUGUUAAUGAGCAACAAAAAUCACAGCCAACCAAAAGAUCAGCGUCAGUGGCGUUUUCAUCUGAACCACUUCUUUCAUCACAAGCAUUAACCUUAGUACAACCAAACAAAAAAUCUAAAUCAGAAGUUAUCAAUCAAUCACCGACUUUACCAAAGCCUGGUCGGUGUGAAGAACGUCUUAGGCCCAUUAAACGAUCCGCAUCCAUAACUAGUAGUAUGUCAGACAUAUCACCUACAGAAAUCAAACCUCCCAAGAGAUCCAAGUCGGCCGUAGCAAUUACACCUGUGACAGAGGCAGCUUCUGCAUCUAGCAAUAAUUUCAAACAACAAAUACCGAUUAAAAGGUCUGCGUCAAUAGCACUGUCACCACUUACAGUCAGGCCAACUAACAGAUCCAAUUUGGCAGUUGUGACAUCUCCAUCAUCCAACGCUAAUGUACCAGAAUCAAAAGUAUCAAGAACAUUAAACAUUUCAAAAACGAUGUCUCCUUCAACAGUAUUGGCAUCAACACCGAAUGAUACCAAAAAUAAUGUAUUUAACAACUCAGAUAUUGAAACCACCGACGAAAGUAACACCACCCAUGAAAAAACAACAACGAUCACAGAAGAAGAUCAGUGUACUGUGACUGUAACGCGAACUUUGUGUCCUACUAUUCCAGCACCGAUGGAUGUGACAGCCGAUGCGUGUAGUCUUGUAACAGCUGCGUGUGAACAAUUUAUCAAAGCCAUGGUGAUGGAACGGCAUUUGAAAGCAGGCCGAGGUGCCGGCACGCUUCAACUGCACCGUCGAGACGCUUACGCCGCGGCUAUAGCGGUUGACGACGAUAUUCGACCAUUUCCAGAUUAUUGCCGAACGCCGUCCAUCAGAACGACCCUUGUUAAUCCUGUGAAAUCAGUUCACAGUCAAGGAGAAAACAAUGUAGAAAAGGGGUCAGUAUUUGAGGAGAAAUCUAUCGUUACUGAUAGUAGAUGUAAUGCAAAAUCAAUUGUUAUGACGACAGACAAACCGGAUAACAACAACGAAAGGCGGGCGGUAUCAAAACAACAAUCAAUUAUCGUCGACAGUAAAUCAAAUAACAAAUUGUCCGUACUGACAGUCAAGACGGUCAUCGAAACACAGACCACUUCUUCUACGACGACUACGAUCAAUAAACUUCAAUGUCCUACGUCCAUAAAUUCCGUUUAUGCGGCAAAAUCGAGAUCAUUGAUCGAAGGUACUUCGGCCAGAACUAGAGGAGUAGUGAUAUUGAAAAAGAGUUCUUCAUUAACUCCAGAAACAACGAUUCCAUCAACCACCGAACAACUGACAACCAGCAGCCAGUUAUCACCGGAUCCAAUAGCCACCGAAAAUCAUGCAAAAAGUUCUUUGCCAGUUAUCGUACCUGAAACGACAGCAAAACCUCCGCCAGCCGUCACGGAAGUCAUCACCAAGACCUUACCUGUAUCAACAUCCGAGCUGCUGCCCGAAGCCACGUUGACUUUCAAAACUUCUACGUCGACUCGUGGGUUUUUCGUGGAACGCGGUAGACCUUUGUUGCGGCCCGCUUUCAACCGGCGUCAGCCGUUCGGCACGUUGGUUGCUACUUGUACCAUGGCGGCCGCGGAAUCAACUGCUGUCAACAACAUGUACUUUUCAAGUGACCGAGACCAAAGUGUAGACACCAAAGCCUAUUGGCCAAAUAAUAAUCCCUCUGCCGAUACCUGGGGAUGUUACUUUGGAAAUCAACAAAUGUUACCGCCCGCCAGCAGGUUGAAUAAUUUCUUGAAUAUCGGUUAUAAAUCAGUGGUGCCGCCAUCCGAAAACCAAGAUAGAGGAGGCAGUGAUGUCGACGUCGACAUCGCCCAUAUAGAACUUUCCAGUGCGCCAACGAAAUCGCCACACGGCAUUAAGGAGACAAAUGACAAUUGCGCUCAUGAGAAGAUGUCGUUGGCAAGCAAUCGACAACAACUGAUGUUUAUAGAAAUUGCCCGUCAGCAACAGUAUAUGAAGCAGUUGGAGUACGAGAUGAAACGGCGUGUCCAUGAAUACCAAAACCGAGAACCCGACCCACAGGAAGUUUACUACCAAAAGUUCAUGAAACUGCAAUUCGGCUCAAAAAAUACAUCUCCGGAGCUGCCAUUAUUACGGCUCUCUCCAACCAGUCACAGUCGCCACAGCUUGCUGAGUUGGUAAAAUUGGAUUGCUCGAGAAGCGCUUUGAAAACAUUUUUUUCUUCGAUAUACCAACAGUAGAAAUCCGUAAAAAAAUUUUUGAAUUCUACUAUACGCUAUUCUACAGUACCUUUUUUCAUUCCAUUAUGUACUGUUUUUUACGCAGGUGCUAUAACUAAAUAUAUUUUCUUUAAAAAAAAGUUAUGUAAAAUAGUGUUUCGGUAUUUUAUUUUUCCUUGUACACCGGCAUUAUUAUGAUUCUUUUAAUAACUAUUAAUAAAAUUAUUUUUGACACGUGAUGCAAAAAUCAUAUAUAUUAUAAUUUUUAAACUGUUUUUAAUUAAUAAAAAUUUUAUUUUAUUUUUUAUAAAU